AUGGCAUUUGAAAAUCCAAUUGCAAUUCCUCAAUUGGUUUACCAUGUAUCGAACCCCCCAUUGAAAAACUUUAAAUCUGACGAUAAUGAUGAUAGUUUAAGUGAAGCUGGAACUUACACUCUAGAUGGAGACAAUUAUACAGAAGAGCAAAAAGAGCGCAUGAAUAUUGACAAGAUACCAGCAAUAAGUGAAGCUGGUUCGAAGCAUUAUCAAAAAUCAGAGCAUAGAGAUAAAACUCCUCAGCGGCCAACUAACUUUCAAGAUGACUUAGAAGUUAUAGAUCUAACAGAACAACCUAGCUCAUACAAAGCUGCCGACGACCAGAAGAUGAAUAAUGUUUUGGAAGUAAGUUACUUCCAUGAUCCAUCGGCAGUUCAUCCUAUAAAACAAAAACAGUCGUAUUUAGAGAAGUUGAAAUCUCGGGUGAAGAACAUAACACACAAGGCUAGAUCACCUGAAAAGCAAAUUCAGCAACAUCAAAUGAAUUCACCAGAUCAAGGAACGUUUACUUCGGUGACUACAAGUGGGAUACUGAGUGUGAAACCAUGUCUGGAAGAUCACCCACGGAUGCAUAGACGAAACAGCUUAACCAAGUCAUAUGUUGACAGUUCUGAAUACGUACAAGGAGUGGCAAAGCUAAAUAUCCUGUCGAAGGGUGAAGCCAAGAUAUUAAACUGCUACACUGACACAGAAAAGGCAUCUGGAAUUCAAGAAUUGAGUGGUACUUAUGAUAGUUCAAGGCGAAAAACUGGAUCUGAUGCUUCUGUCAUUAGUUCCGCUGUUAGCAAAAAAGACUGGAUUCAAGAAUGGGCCAAAACAGCACGAGAAUAUUCGAAAAGUCCUGCAGUUGGUACCAGUACUGCUUCAAGCUCCCAAAUGACUAGAAGCUACGAUUUUGAGAACAGAAACCAGUUUGGCUAUGAUUUCGAUAUCGAUAUGACGAAAAGUGAUUAUUAUGAUGCUAAAAAGUACGAAGAAUUUGGAGAUAAUUUGGAUCGGCAUAAAUUUCAUCGCAAGCAGUUAGACCAUAUUAUUAACAACAACAGCAGCAGCAGUGAUCCCACUAUGAGACCAAACUUUGGUAACGAAAAUAACAGCUAUAAUGAGUUUACACGCCAAGGAAGUAUUCGUCAGAAUUCGAGGUCUAACGCGUCAAAACCACCUAUGAGUCCAAGUAAAAUUCCUUCCCCUAUUGGAUCAGUUGGUAGAGCUAGAAGUGUCAGCAGAAAUCGUAGCCUUCAAGGAAGUAACUCGGAUUUGUCAACGAAUGAGACUGAAAUGUAUUUGCAAAAAACUGCAGCUGCUAUAUCCACGUUACAAAACAUUCACAGACGGAAUUCUACACGAAGCACAACGCAGCACAAUUCGUCUCACUCUAGUCCUUUAAGUCCUGCAUCUCGUCGAAUGUCGCCGAAGAUAUCUCCAAUGAAUUCGUUCCAAGCACCAGUCCAUAAUCUUUACAACGACAAGUCACAUUGCAUGGAAGGCGCAUUACUCUCACCUCAACAUCAACAAAUACGAAACAUUAAACAGCAGCAGCAAAUUCAUCAGCAAAGCUCGUUAAACCACAAAAGAAACUUAUCACUAGAUGAUUCCGACUCAUAUAUAAACGUACUAUCGUCCUUAGAAUAUGGUAAUCAAAUGUCAAAUAGUCUCAACACUGACAACGCGAAUGCAAUAUUAGAUUUUAAAAAGCAACAUACCAGACACAAUUCGUUUGAAGGAAUGUCCACGCUUCCACCGAAACCGGUGAAAUGUUUCCAAAACUUUGAUCAAGCAACAGCUUAUUAUAGUGUAAGAUCGAAUAAUGAGUCCAUCAUGUGUGAUGACGAUGAAAACGAGCAAAAUGACGAGAAUUUAGUGACUCUAACAACACGUGUUAAAGGAUUGUCCUUAAGCACAAUGAAACAAAACGAACAACGAUUAACUGGAAAUCAGAAAAUGAUCACACCGACAAUUGGAAAACCCUCAGUAAAUACGAUAAAACCGACAGCAGCGUCGACGAGUAGAACUUCCAUGGCUAAAACAUCAUCAGCCCAAAUGUCUUCGCCGAUUAAAAGGUCAAGUUCAUUCUCAGUAAAAGCGAUGAAACCAACAACUCCCACAAUGACUCCAAAGCUUGGAUCAAGACCUUCGAUGUCAAACACAAAGAUUCAAAAAUCCGCUAGCAGCACUAGUUUCAAAAAGAUUGUGGCAAAUUUCAAAGAUGAUGAAGACGAUUUUUACAUCAACAAUGAUGAUGAUUUGGAAUUAAAUCCAGAAUAUUCAUCAAACUCUGAGUUUAGCGACAGAGAUGAUGAUACUGAGGAAACGGAGAAAGAGCCUAUUACAAAUACUCGCUACAAUAAAACAUUCCUUAUGCGGAUGGAACAAAACAAAAAGCUCAGUUCCGGAGGAAAACAAGGGGUAGCAGCAUGCCCAAAUACUCCAGAGUUGCCACGACGGACACUUCAAAUCAAAGGGGCAACGCGCGAUCGUGCGUCUAUGCCACGAGACUCCAGUCUCAACCGCAUGAAACAAGAUUUGAACAUUUCGCGAAAAUCAGUGAGUAAGGAGUUAGCGUCAUUCAAAGAACCAACAUCGGCUGGUAAACAGAAAGUGCAACCGAAAUACUUGGAUAUUUCAAAAUAUAAGACUCCAGCUGCAAGUAAUUUUCUUAAGAAAGAUGAAUCUAAAAGCUAUUUAGCUAAAACAGAAGUCAAGAAAAGCCCUAGUAGUGCUUCUAUUGCGUUGGGCCGUACAGAGCACAAUAGAAUGAGUACGAGAAGUGUAAAAUCAGCUGGAGCUAAGCUUCCAAAUGCGAAAAAAGAAGCCCAACGUAAUUCAAAAGAACAAGAGUUGGAAAUGUGGCGACGACGAGCAAGUUAUGAUCCUAUGAAGGCCGCUCAAGAAGGAAAACGAAAACAGGAGGAGGCAAAACGGACAAGUCGCCAGCCUCAACCACAAGCUGAACGUCCAAGUAAUUUCAACGAAAGCUCCGUUUUAAGAUCAAAAUCGUACCACUGUGGCGUGGGAAUGGCCCACUCGCAAGCUGAAAAUAUUGGAGGCAGUAACGCUAAAAAUAGAGGUGCUAUUGAUCAUGCAGAUAUGUCCUACCGCAACAACCAACCGAAUAAUCGUUGGACGUUCACUUCUACAGAGUCAAGUGAAGAAUAUGACGAUGAAUAUGUUAACUAA